ACUAAAAAAAUUCGGAAAACGCGUUCCGAAUUUUUUGACCAAUGGCAAAAUUGGAAAAACCAGGGGGGUCGGUGAGAGAGUGGGUAGGUGGAAUGAGAAAUUUUCGAAAAAAUAUGUACUAACUCAACAGUCCUGACAAUAGUUGUCUUCAUAGCACCCCCUCAAUAAAACAUUUAUCUCGACUAUCAAUAGCAGUUCCGUAACACCACAUCAAAACAUUCCUUGAUUAUUAUUUUUUUGGUCAAGUCCUUGAUUUUUAUUUUGACGCAUGCUAAUCCUUGGUUAAAUUUUCAAAAAUAAAUUACUUUUAAAAUACUUUGAUUUUCUUGGCUGAGAUUGCUGUCAAAUCCGUCAAAAAACAUAUAAAUUGGCAAAUUCAUAUUUAAAUAUUAUAUUUAUAUAUUUAGACAACAAAAUAGCGGGGAAUAUGGAUUCUCUGCAGUCAAAAAAUGACCGCAGGUAAAUCACAGUCCUUAGAUCUAAUAAAUUUAUGUUGAUAUAUUGAUCAAAUGGUAGAUAAUGAACUGACCGCAUGAAUUUACCGGUCCCUGACUGCAUGGAAUUCAUGUCCCAAAAUAGCUGCAAAAUAUUACAGAGAGAAAGAGAGAGUGGCCGUUUGAACGGCCACCACCAUCUCCACCUCAACACACCUGGCUGGCCACUCCUCCAUCUCUCUUAUUCUCUUUCCCCUCCUAUUUUCUGCUUUCUCUCUUUUCCUCCAAAAAAAAAAAAAAAACAAAAAAAAAAGGAGGAAAAAAACAAAACAACAAUCUGGGUUAACCCCAUCAUAAAAAAAAACAAAUAUUUUCUUCUUCCAAUGUCACCACCACGUUAAAACAUAAGAAAAAUCAUUUUUUUUAUUCAUUUUUGGUUUUUUAUAUUUUUGUUGGUGUUUUUGUUAUUUUUAAGGUUGUUGUUGGUUUAUGUUGUUGAUGUCAAAGUUGAAUUAUUGAAGAAGAAAAUGCAGCACAAUAUUUUUACUACAAUGCGUAGUUUAAAGAUCAUGGAUGGUUGCAAAGGUUCUCAGGUUUAUGCUGUCCACCGUCCUUCUUCUGGUGGAGGAAGUGGUGGAAUUGGUGAAAAGCUUCUUCAACAGCUUCAUGAUCAUAUUAAAAGUCAAACCUUUAGAAGCAAAUCGGUUCGAAAUUACCAACCACCAAAUCAGACACCGAAUCAUACACCGAAUCAGACACCGUCUGAGGUUGUUGCUGAGGGUUCUCUUUUGCCUUAUGGACUUCCUAUGACAGACCUUCUUGAGCCGAAGAUUGAGCCGUUUUUAAGGCCGGUUGAUUUCGUCGAAAGGCUAGCUGAAAUUCAUAAUAAGAUUGAGAAUUGUUUGGAGGUUGAUAGGUCUGAGGUUUAUUUGGAGCAUUGUACCGUUUUUAGGGGAUUAUCCGAUGCCAAAUUGUUUCGUAGGAGUUUGAGGUCAGCACGACAACAUGCUGUCGAUGUCCACAACAAAGUCGUGUUGGCCUCAUGGCUUAGGUAUGAGAGGAGGGAAGACGAAAUGAUUGGUUCUUCCUCGAUGGAUUGUUGUGGAAGGAAUAUUGAAUGCCCUAAGGCUACAUUGGUGGCAAAUGGGUAUGAUCCUGAAUUGGUUUAUGAUCGUUGUUGCUGUCGUCGUGAUCGUGAGGGUGAGGAUGAGGAUGAGGAGGAUUUAAUGACAUUGGUUGUUGAUGAUCAAGAAUGCUCUACGUCGGAUGAGGAUGAUGGAGGUGGGGAUAUGUCAUUUUGUAUUGGUGAUGAUGAAAUUAGGUGUCAUAGGUUCAAUAUGGCUUCACUUUCAAGGCCGUUUAAGACAAUGUUGUAUGGGGGAUUCAUAGAAUCAAGGAGGGAGAAGAUAAAUUUUUCGAAGAAUGAGAUUUCUGUUGAGGCAAUGAGGGCUGCCGAGGUUUUUAGUAGGACAAAAAGUUUGAGCACCAUCGAACCUAAUGUGGUUUUGGAGUUGUUAUCUUUGGCGAACCGGUUUUGUUGCGAGGAGAUGAAGUGUGCCUGCGACGCGCACUUGGCGUUGUUGGUUUGUGACAUGGAGGAUGCCUCAUUGCUCAUCGAGUAUGGACUUGAGGAGACUGCAUAUCUUUUGGUUGCAGCUUGCUUGCAGGUGUUUCUGCGGGAGCUACCCGUUUCAAUGGAGUGUUCAUGUUUUGCGAAAUUGUUUUGUAGUCCAGAGGGCAGGGAUAGGCUUGCUACGGCAGGGCAUGCGUCGUUUGUGUUGUAUCAUUUCUUGAGUCAAGUGGCCAUGGAGGAGGAGAUGCGGUCGAACACAACCGUGAUGCUGUUGGAGAGAUUAGCAGAGUGUGCAAAAGAUGGGUGGGAGAAGCAACUAGCAUAUCACCAAUUAGGUGUUGUUAUGUUUGAGAGAAAAGAAUACAAAGAUGCACAACAUUGGUUCGAGGCAGCAGUGGAGGCAGGCCACGUUUAUUCGUUAGUUGGAGUUGCAAGGGCAAAAUAUAAACGAGGCCAUACAUAUUCGGCAUAUAAGUUGAUGAACUCCCUUAUUAAUGAUUAUAAACCUGUUGGUUGGAUGUAUGAGGAAAGGUCUUUGUAUUGUAUUGGGAAGGAAAAAAUGAUGGACUUGAUCUCAGCGACCGAAUUAGAUCCAACACUUUUGUUUCCUUAUAAAUUCCGAGCUGUUUCUUUGCUUGAGGAGAACAGGAUUGGAGCUGCCAUUGCAGAAAUAAACAAAAUACUUGGUUUCAGAGUUUCUCCUGACUGCCUUGAGUUAAGGGCUUGGUUCUUGAUUGCCACGGAGGAUUACGAUGCAGCACUUAGAGAUGUUCGGGCAAUUUUGACAUUGGACCCAGAUUAUAUGAUGUUCCACGGGAAUAUGCACGGUAAUCACUUGGUAGAACUACUUGGUCCUGUUGUUCAGCAGUACAAUCAGGCUGAUUGCUGGAUGCAAUUGUACGACCGAUGGUCCUCUGUCGAUGAUAUUGGUUCAUUGGCUGUUGUACACCAGAUGUUAGAAAACGAUCCGGGGAAAAGUCUUUUGCGUUUUCGGCAAUCUCUCCUUUUGUUACGGCUAAAUUGUCAAAAGGCUGCCAUGCGUAGUUUGCGGCUGGCUAGAAAUCAUUCUACUUCUGACUAUGAAAGGCUUGUCUAUGAAGGAUGGAUAUUGUAUGACACUGGUCAUCGUGAAGAAGCACUAGCAAAGGCUGAGGAGUCCAUUUCUAUUCAAAGAUCAUUUGAAGCUUACUUUCUCAAAGCUUAUGCAUUGGCCGACUCAAGUCUUGAUUCAGAGUCUUCAAAGUAUGUUAUCCAUCUCUUGGAAGAAGCUCUUAGAUGUCCUUCAGAUGGUCUUCGGAAAGGACAAGCACUGAAUAAUCUCGGGAGCGUCUACGUAGAUUGUGAUAAGCUGGACCUUGCAGCUGACUGCUACAUGAAUGCACUCAAUAUCAAGCAUACACGAGCGCAUCAGGGGUUGGCGCGUGUAUAUCAUCUUAAAAAUCAUCGCAAAGCUGCAUAUGAUGAGAUGACAAAGCUAAUAGAAAAGGCUUGCAACAAUGCAUCAGCUUAUGAGAAACGGUCGGAGUAUUGUGAUCGUGACAUGGCAAAGAGCGAUCUUACUAUGGCAACACUGUUGGAUCCUCUAAGGACUUAUCCUUACAGAUAUAGGGCAGCAGUUUUAAUGGAUGAUCAUAAGGAAGCUGAAGCAAUUGAAGAGCUUUCAAGAGCCAUUGAAUUUAAGCCAGAUCUGCAACUAUUACAUCUUAGAGCAGCCUUUUACGAUUCAAUUAAUGAUUUCGCUUCUACCAUCCGAGACUGUCAAGCAGCACUUUGUUUUGAUCCUGGAUACGCCGAGACGCUUGAGCUUUGUAAUAAAGCACGGGAGCGGAUUAAAGAACAAAAGUGAGAGGAUCAGAGAUUGGAAAGAAUCCAUGUUUUUUCUGAGUGUUCCCUAUGAACACAAGACUAUUCUCGCCAACCUGUACCAUUGUCAAAACAUGAAAGACCAGUAAUCAUCAGUGCUAUUCAUAUGUUAGCUUCUGUCUCCAGCAAAAUAUAUGGUUUAUAUCUUUCAACUGGCCUUCUGGAUACAUGACUACAGAAAGGAAAAGUUUAGAAAGCUCAUUUGAGUUGAAACAGAAAGGGAAAGUAGAGAAGGAUAGCUUGUAAAUAUAUGUAAUGACUUGUGUUCUAUGUAUUACCGACACUUCAGAGUCAGACCCUAGCACAACACUGACACAUGUAUAUAGUUACAUUCAAUUUUUUUCAAUUUUUUGAUUUAUUAUCAGCGUGGUCGUGUCAGUGUCGUGCCCUGUGUUUGUAUUUGCUUCAUAGGAUGGUAAGGUAGUGCACACAGUUGCAGCUGUAUUGUUCCCCUAUCCACACCAUGAAGAAUGGUGAGGAGAGUUCCCUGUUAGACAAAACAUGUACAUGAAAAUUCAAUUUAUGUUGAAUCCAAGAUUUAGAUGUUGUAACAUUGUCACUUCUCUGUUGUAUAAAGCACAAUUUUUCCUUGGCGAAUUUAUGUUUGUUAUGAGUUCUUUUUGGAGAAGCUAUAUCCAUAUCCAGAUAUUUUCAGUUUUUCAA